CCCUGGUUCUGAUCUCCGAUUUUUAAGUCCCAUUUGAGUCUCCCAUUGGGCUCUGACGUACCUGGUUCGAGUGCGGGGAAACUGCUUCGGCUAUUUGGAUGCACCACCGUCUACCUCACCGACGUCGGCGCGGAGUUCGCCGGCGCAGCUCGGCGUUAUCACAGCGUCCACCUUCCAUUGCAUAUCACUGCAAAAUCCCAUAUUUGCCGGCUGCCGGAAAUCGAGUAAAAUGGCCGACGACUUCUGCCCUCCUGCCCUUCGGGCACCUGUGGCGUGUGUGGCUUGUAACAAGAAAAAGGUGCGUUGCACCUACGACCAGGGCAGCCACAAAUGUCGAAAUUGUUUGCGGUAUCGGUGGCCGUGUCUGUAAGUGAGAAGAUUGCUACGUUGGAUUAUCUUUGACGUUGUGCAGACAGAGGCAGCCGAAGCGGAGGGGACGACAGCCAGGGCCAGCCAGAUUUAGUAAGACACUACGAAGCGGGCAACGCAGGGUCACUACUGGCGUUCAGGAUUCACCGGCGAGGGAACCAGCUCAGGAGAUUACACCGCCGACAACUUGGUCGGACAAUCCAAGCGAGACGGUAGGGGAGCUUAGCAGAUGGCCAUUUCCAGUAAGCACCAAGGAAAGCACGAAUCCGUAUACCUCUGUCACUGCGAACUGCGGGUUUAUGGAAAGGAAUGACUACUUUCGGGACGCAGACGCGAUUCAUGAUGUCUCGCUACAAAUCCCCACGGCCGAAGUCCUGACAGAUGAUGACGCACAGUUGCUUCGUUUGCAAAGAGCUUUCGACAUGCCUCCUCGAGCGGUUCGCGACAGCCUUAUUGAUGUCUUCAUGAAACGAUGUGCACCGUGGAUGCCGAUCGUGGAGCGAACCUGGUUACAAGAGACUGCCGACAACAGACCAUCAAUCCUGCUCCUUCAGUCGGUAUUUCUCGCUGCUAGCCGGGUUACUUCAGCUCCAGCAGUGACUGCAUACGCGUCUUCACACGAGUUUUACCGCAGGGCCAAGGCAUUGUUCUGGUCCGGAUGGGAGAAGAAUCCGCUUACUGUGAUAGCAGCAGUGUGCAUCCUGCAUUGGUACAAUCCUGAAUGUCCGGAACAUGUUUCCACGAACACGAGUGGUUUCUGGAGGUAUGUCGGGGUAGGAUUGGCACAUCAGAUCGGGCUACAAAAAGAGCCACGAGGGCAGGAUGGUAGGGCGUUGAGACGAAGAUUGUGGUGGAGUUUAUAUGCAAGGGACUGCUUAAUCUCUGCUGGGCAGGGUCGGCCGCUUGCCGUGAACCUCGGUGACAGUGAACUGAAACCACCAUGUAUGGAGGACUUUGGGGAUUCCAAUCUCAGACCGGAAUUGUUCAUUGCCUAUGUUGAGAUCUGCUCGAUCCUAGGGCACUUGACUCAGUGCUGCCGCAGAGACUCUUUGACCCGUCGCACAAGACAGUCCGUUUGCAGGUCCCUACAGCGAUGGAUUCAAGAACUACCAGACUCUCUUCGCCUGUUCGCAGGUUCCGAGCUUCCGGAUAGUGAGGGUUCGAGUACAGGAAAGACCUUGUCACCCUAUGACUUUGAAGCCCGACAGCUUCACAUUCCUUACUUCAUAUGCCUCAUAAUCCUCUGCCGUGCGCCAUCCCCGCAGCAUCCACCCUCUGCUACGGCGAUCCUUGCGUCGUCCUAUAUUGUUGCGAUCUUUGAGGACUUUCUCGCCCGGGAUGAGUUGCAGUUUCUGGGCUCAAUAUUCACCUUCUACUUACUCGCUGCUGGGCUCGGGGUGCUUUCCUGCCGGAGAUCACCUACUCUAUGCUUAAAGGCAGAGCCAAACAUGCAGACGAUAUAUGCAUCGCUGGAACAGCUUGCUAAACGCUGGCCAUCGGCGACAGCACCAUUGCGGGUCCUACGAAGCAUGAAUUGCCAGCAAGAUUCCACUGGUCUCUCCUUGGCACAAGUGCCAAAACUGGCCGACGACCAUGUGCCCUUCUUCAAAACUUUUGGCCCUGGCCUUACAUGGGCAUGGGAAGAGUUUAUGACUCAAAGGCCACGAGCCCGAGAUACUUCCACGGGCGAUGCGAGGGAUUCGCGGCAUCCUGUCAACGUUGAGAUCACAGCAACCUUUCCAACCGACACAACAGCUGAGAACCUACUGGCCCACCCGCUUGGCGAUAUUCUCGGGCACAGCGUGCAGGAAAGUACGCCUGAUGAGGGCUUGCCUCCCUUACAGUACGAAGGAAUUGGUGACUGGCUGUUGAACGAGUGCGACGUAUACGGCGACCUUGCCUUUUGAGGCUGAUAGACAUCAUUUCAGCUCACUACACUACGACGAGGCAAGCCAUGGGUGGUUCUUUCCAGAAAAAAAAAUGAUUACUACGGUCGCUCUUGCCUCGCCUAGCUCCUUGUCACUUCCUUCCCCGGG